AGUUUGAGAGCUACUGAUAAAGAUGAUGACCAUAGAACUACUGAUCUAGAUGAUGACUAUAGAACUACUGAUCCAGAUGAUGACCAUAGAACUACUGAUAAAGAUGAUGACCAUAGAACUACUGAUCUAGAUGAUGACCAUAGAACUACUGAUAAAGAUGAUGACCAUAGAACUACUGAUCUAGAUGAUGACCAUAGAACUACUGAUAAAGAUGAUGACCAUAGAACUACUGAUAAAGAUGAUGACUAUAGAACUACUGAUCUAGAUGAUGACCAUAGAACUACUGAUAAAGAUGAUGACCAUAGAACUACUGAUAAAGAUGAUGACUAUAGAACUACUGAUCUAGAUGGUGACCAUAGAACUACUGAUAAAGAUGAUGACCAUGGAACUACUGAUAAAGAUGAUGACCAUAGAACUACUGAUAAAGAUGAUGACCAUACAACUACUGAUCCAGAUGAUGACCAUGGAACUACUGAUCCAGAUGAUGACCAUAGAACUACUGAUCUAGAUGAUGACCAUAGAACUACUGAUAAAGAUGAUGACCAUAGAACUACUGAUCUAGAAGAUGACCAUAGAACUACUGAUCCAGAUGAUGACCAUAGAACUACUGUUAAAGAUGAUGACCAAAGAACUACUGAUCUAGAUGAUGACCAUAGAACUACUGAUAAAGAUGACCAUAGAACUACUGAUAAAGAUGAUGACCAUAGAACUACUGAUCUAGAUGAUGACCAUAGAACUACUAUGAUGACCAUAGAACUACUGAUAAAGAUGAUGACCAUAGAACUACUGAUCCAGAUGAUGACCAUAGAACUAAUGAUCUAG